AUGAAUGGCAUACAAAAUGUUCAGAAACUUGACUUGAAUACUGAUACACUCGAGGUGCUUGCUCUAUGCUGUGAAUCGAUGCCUGUGUUCAACAACGUCAAAUUCUUAGGUGUUUCGGGUAAGAAGGUCGAGGGAUUAAUACACGAUGUGACUGAUAAAUGUGGGGAUGCUUGUCCCUGCAUUUCUCGGGAAGACAGAGGACUUUCACUCAAGUCUUGUCCAGUGAAUAGGUUAGAGAUUCAAGGGUUUCGAGGAACAAUGAAAGAGAUGGACAUUAUAAAGCAUUUCUUGGACUUUUUGCCGAGUUUGAAGAGGUUUGACGUCUUCGUUGAAGAUGAACCUACACAGUCAGAACACAGCUCAGAAACACUGUAUUGUCUAACUGUGUCACGGAGAUGUUCGCACUCUACGACAAGUUGUUUCCGAGUAGCAAUGUCCAGCUCCUGUUAG